AUAAGAAACUCUUGGCACUCGAUAAGAAACGGAUCAGAUCAGAUAAUGGAGUUCCCAUUUGCGCAUCACGCUCACACCCAGCACCACCGACGGAGAGAUGUUGAUUAUCCUGUCGAUGACCAAAUAGAGCAGAAUUACCCACAUCCCGGAAUAACCGUUUCGCCUGGCUUUGGCAACCCCCCACCACCACGACCUCCACCACAAUCUUAUUUCGGAGAAGAUGAACGGCCGCCUCAUCUCACUCACACCUAUCACAGCUCCCACGGGCAACCACCCCCACCCCCUUCCCAAGACUUUAGUGGUUACUCUGCUUUUCCUUCAGAAUCGCCUCCUCCACGUCCACCUCCUACUUAUUCCACCACUUACGUGGAGCAUCUCAGUCAUGAGGUGGACCGAUCUGAGACUCAAACUGAGCCCCAUCACAACUAUCGUCCACACUUCCCCUCCUUCCUUCACCAUCAAACCCAUCAGCCUCCUACCUCUGACCUCUCCAACAAACGUGCUUUCAAGGUCUUUUCCAAGGCUGACCCCAAUUACUCUCUCACCAUCCGAGAUGGCCAUGUCAUUCUUGCUCCAUCUAAUCCAUCCGAUGACUUCCAGCACUGGUAUAAAGAUGAGAAGUACAGCACAAGAGUGAAGGAUGAAGAUGGGUUUCCCUGCUUUGCUUUGGUUAACAAAGCCACUGGUCAGGCCAUCAAGCACUCCACUGGAGCCACUCAUCCUGUGCAGCUGAUACCUUAUAAUGCUGAUGCUCUUGACGAGUCCAUCCUAUGGACUGAGAGCAAGGACUUAGGCAAUGGUUUCCGAGCUAUAAGAAUGGUUAAUAACAUUCAUCUUAAUGUGGAUGCCUUUCAUGGUGAUAAGAAAUCUGGAGGUGUGCACAAUGGCACUACUAUAGUACUGUGGCAAUGGAACAAAGGGGAUAACCAGAAUUGGAAGAUCAUACCCUAUUGAUUUAUGUGCAGUGCUUUGUUGCCAUGCUUUAUUGCUAUAUUGUAUUUAACAAAAAUGAGAUGAGAGAUUCUGCUUGUCGUGUUUGUUAAUGUGUUAGCGUUGCAAUGAUCAUUAUAUGUGAAAAUCUUUAUGUAAUAAGUUUCAAUUACAAUUGCAGUUACUUUGUAUUCCUAAGUUAUAUUUGAUAUCAUGAUAUCCUUAUCAGGCCA